ACCAAGACAUGGAGACGGAUUGGACAGACACAAGCAACUCAAGUGAUAAUACCUUACUUCUUGAGAGCAAUGAUGACCUUACCGAGGACAACUCCAGUGAAGCAUUCCCAGCACAUCGACCCCCCUCUGUGCCAAGGAAGCCAAAGACCAAAACCUUCCUGCUGCCAUCCGCAUCAGCCUCAGGCUCCUCACUCAGGACUGUGAUCGCUUCACCAACCACGCCUGCAAAGGAUGAUGUUGUCGGCCAGGACAGUCUGAAAAUGCAGGCUAGGCACUACAAAACCUUGAGCAACAUGUACAAUAAGCCAAAUGCAAAACCCAAUCAAAGUGAUGUUGCUCAAGUUUUAGACCUUGAGUUUAAGGCCAGACGGGCUUUCAUUGAUGCAGAUGUUACAAGGGAAGAAGACCGACCUGCAAAAAUCUUUGAGGCAUAUCCAUGCUUUAGAGAUGUUCGAAAUGCAAUGGAUGAGCUGCGGCGCAUAGUAGGUGGCACCAACAGCAGAUACAUCGAGGAAGUGAAAGGAAGAUGGGCAGACUUUUGUGCCAAGGUGCAGUUCUAUGGUGUGUGGAAGAAAGCCCUGAAACCCCCCUUUCCAUUGGAUGUCCGUGGAGCUGAAGUGUGA